AUGUCCGCCAAUUUGCAAUCUCGGUCAGCGUCUGUUUCGAACGCCCCUAACGAUGCUCUGAAAGGUGGAAUCCGUUCUUCGUCCUUUAGCACUGCAUUCUUCAACAACAAAGACGCGCUGAGCUUUUUCUACCAAGAAGAUACUUCGAGAUCAGCCGAUGCCUCAAAAGACACUUCUGCCACGGCACAAGACUUGGAUAUCGUUGGCGCCUUGAGCACGUUAAACUUGGAUGAAGACUUGGAAUCCAAUGUCACUCAGGAUGCAAACUCAUCCACCUCUUCUGCUGGAAACACCGAUGGAAAGACAUCUAAGCAUUUUGCUCCGCAGUUCUUGAACUCAGCAUCGGGCCCGGCUCUGACUAUGCAAGGAAUGCCGCCCAACCACAGCUUGACACCUAACCCUCCUUCAGUGGCCUCUUUUACCAACUCGCUCUCCAAUCUGAACACUACUCCUUCCACCGCAUGGAGCACAAAUUUCGUUCCAUUUUCUGCGCCGCCAUUUGCCUACUCUGUUGGUGAUCCUACGGCAACUUCCGAGUUGGCCAUGCUGAUAGCUCCUUUCGAGUUACCUGAUGAUAAAAGUAAAGACAAGCUCUCCUCGUCAAUGAAGACACAUCUUGUGAACGCAACUUCUUCACCACCAAUGCACUCUUUUGGCGGAGUUUUGGACUCUCGUUUUGCGUUCACCAAUUUCCCUGAGAAGCCUUUUGAUUACAACAGUAAAGAAGAUGAACACAAGGCGAAAAAGUCAUUUGACUUCGAAGCUCAAAAGUACGACUUUGAAAAGAUGGGUCGCCCCGCCAGUGUUGGCCAAAUGCCUUUGAAUGGUCCCAAUGUAUGGAAUCCACCACAACAAUUUGCACACCUUGGAAACAGACCUCAGUCGUAUGGUGAAAGUGCCGUAAUGGAACCUUUUGGGCCCGGCCAUAUGAUGCCUACACCCGUUCCCAGCAGAUACGGCAACGGUUACUCAUCCCAUCACAACUAUGGGGUAAAUGAUGGUCACCAACAUGGCAGCGGAAACCGGCGUCACAAUAACUACAAUCAUAUGAACGCGGGGGUCAACGUGCACCGGAAAAUGCAUAGCAGAAGAAAAGGCGACGAUGCCGCAAAGUAUGCCAAUGCUAAGUUACUGGACUUUAGUGGUGACAUUUACUCUUUGUGUAAAGACCAACAUGGUUGUCGGUUUUUGCAGAGACAAUUGGAUUUAGGAAUGGAAGCCAAGCGUUCGGAAGAACUGGGCGUUUUGAGCAACGAGGUGGCUGCGACGAUGAUCUUCAACGAAAUUUACAUGAAGAUAGUCGAAUUGAUGACAGAUCCGUUUGGUAACUAUUUGAUCCAAAAGUUAUUUGAGAAUGUUUCUGCCGACCAGCGGCUCAUCUUGGUGAAGAAUGCUGCUCCCGAGUUAAUUCGAAUUGCUUUGGACCCCCACGGCACGAGAGCAUUGCAAAAGCUUGUGGAGUGUAUUGACACAAAAGAAGAGUCGCAGUUGAUUAUCAACAGCUUGUCCCCUCACAUUGUUCCCUUAUCCAGAGAUUUGAACGGUAAUCACGUCGUACAAAAGUGCUUGCAGGAAUUGAAAGCAGAGGACAACCAGUUCAUUUUUGACGCAGCUUCGGAACAUUGUAUCGAAAUCGCCACACACAGACAUGGAUGCUGUGUAUUGCAAAGAUGCUUGGACCACGGCAAUAGUCUGCAGCGCAAGCAGCUCUCUUUGAAAGUGGCUGAGAAUGCAACUAAGUUAUCUUUGGAUCCAUUUGGAAAUUACGUUGUUCAGUACGUUUUGUCUCGGGGUGACGAGGAGUCUAUCACGAUUGUGUUGAACCACAUUCGUGCCAAUGUAAUUUCAUUGUCAUUGCACAAGUUCGGGUCCAACGUGAUUGAAAAGUCAUUGCGCAUUAACAAACUUACGAAUGAGGUAAUUGCCGUGUUGUUGGAAAAUAGUGAUAAGUUUAGCAUGUUGUUGAACGAUGCUUUUGGUAACUAUGUGCUUCAAACCAGUUUGGAUGUGGCUAGUGCGUCAGACUUAGCGAAGUUGGCUCAGAGCUUGCAGCCUUUGUUACCAAACAUCAAAAACACCCCCCACGGAAGACGCAUUAUGACAAAGAUUCAAAACAUUAUUUGA